AUGGAUGACAUGAAGGACCAGCUUGAAUUUGUGCACCAGGUCAAGUCAACGCUGGACGAAGACCGAUACAAUAAGUUUCUUCAGCAUCUUACAGAUUACCAGGCCCAGAAGAAUCAAGGACAGAACUGCGAACAACGCAGCAGACUGAAGCAAAAUCUGACGGACCUCUUUAACGAUGAUGAACAGGAUCUGGUACAGAAGCUCAACAAGUUCUUUGUAUGA